UAAAGUCAAUGCUAACAACCAGAUCAUAUACUUGUGCAUCAAGUUUCUUCUCAGAAAGUUUUUAGAUUAUUCUACCAUGUCUAUAUAUUAAUUAAUAUUAAUUAAUAAUUCAUUUAUAUAUUAAUUUUCUUCUCAGCAUAUAUAUAGCUUUAGGAACUAUAUAGGAAUUUAUAUUCAAUUUUAUUUUCUGAGGACAGGAAUCAGAAAAUGGAGAUUGCCAAGUUGCCUGAAGAGUGCAUUUCCCACAUAAUUUCCUUCACAUCCCCAAAAGAUGCUUGCCGGUCAUGUCUGGUUUGUCCUCUGUUCAGAUCCGCCAGUGAUUCCGAUGUGGUUUGGAGAAAGUUUCUUCCUCAUGACUAUCACCAAAUCCUCUCAAAUUCAGCAUCAGCAUCAUCCAUGGAUUCCCUUUCCAGAAAGAAACUCUAUUUCCAUCUCUGUGACAACCCCAUCAUCAUUGACAGUGAUCAAAACAUGAGUUUUAACAUAAACAAAGAGAGUGGAAAAAAAUGCUAUAUGAUAGGUGCAAGAAGGCUUUCAAUCCCCUGGGGAAUUACGCCGGCUUAUUGGCGGUGGCCAUCUUUACCGGCAGAGUCGAGGUUCUCUAGAGUGGCUGUAAUGGAGCUUGAAUGGUGGCUUCAUAUCAAGGGAAGGAUGGAAACAAACAUUUUGUCACCCAAAACAACUUAUGGAGCUUACUUUGUAUAUAAAUUCAACGAACGCAGCCGUGGGUUUAAAGGCAAUCCAGUUGAUUUUCAAAUAUAUUUUGAAGGAGAAGAGGAGGUCGAUGAACGAAUGGUUGGAAGUAGAGAGUUGUUAAAUAGACAAAUGCGUAGGAGUAGAGUGUCCUUAAAUGGACAAAUGGGUAGGAGUAGAGUGUUCUUAAACCCUUCAGAAGAUGAGCGGCAAAUAAUUCGAGUCAGAGAAGAUGGGUGGUUGGAGGUGGAAAUGGGUGAGUUCUUCAAUGAUGGUGGAGAUGAUCAUCGAGUGGUGGUAUGCAGACUAAUGGAGACUGACAGUUGUGUUACGAAGAUUGGACUGGUUGUUGAAGGAAUUGAAUUUAGGCCGAAAUCUGGUACAUAGAAAUAUAUAUAUAUAUAUAUAUAUAUAUAUAUAUAUGUUUAAGCCUUUCAACUUCUUUUCUGUCACUUUACUUGUAGUUCUAUAUCAUACCAGAAGAAAAUAAGUUCCUAUGCAAAGAUUAGAGGAUUUGCAGUCCUACUUAUUUUCUUAUGCAGUUGCAAUGUUUCAUUCCAAGUUGUGUUCGAGAAAUCCUGUUUACUUCUGUUGAUGAUCAUCCCCUCUACUCCCCAUCACUAACUGAGAACUGCAAAGUUUUCGAAAACAGAAAGCUACCACAUUACAUGUCUAGGAAGAUAGAUUCUCAUUUUUAGACGUUAAUAAAUUAUAUGCUGGAAAGACCCUUUCUUUGGAGUUCGAAUUUGAGAAUGGUUUUACUGUAAUACGUAUCAAGAUUGAGAUGCUAUAAAUAGUUGUUGAGAGGUAUUUUUUGUUCUUGCUUAAGGGCUUAAACAUAAAGUUUACCAUAGAAUUCUCCCGUGCUUGUUUCUUCAGACAAAUUAGGUGAACAAUUUCCAAUAUUAUGAACCAUGAUUGCUGCUGAUACCUAGAAUUGCCGAGAAGGACAUUGUUAGUUUUGACACCAAGAAGAGAAGUCGAAUGAAAGGAAAAACAGAGAAAACAGAGAGAUAAGAAUGUGUUUGACAAGAAAAAGAAUGAAUCUUUAUUUGGUAUUUAUACAGUUUAGCACACACAAAUAUCAAAGACAAUUUGAAAAGUAGCUAACAAGGAAAGCCUAAAAGCUCUGAAAUUGACUGAGAGAGUGAACUUGAUGAUAUACCUAUUCCUCUUUAAUGAUAUUUUCACCUUUGCUAAAUAUAAUCAUGUCUUUUUUAUUUAUUGUUAUUCUUAUUGAACUGUCCCAAUUUUGUAGCAAUCCUUAAUAUUCUUUUCUUUAUUUUUUGAUGCUUGUAGCUUAUAAUUCUUCAACCAUGUACCUUGAACAAACAUGUAAACCAGAUUAGGUACAUUGGAGUCUGGUUUCCAACAUGUUCAAGAUAUGUUUCUUUAAUUUUUUUGGUUCAGUGAACUCCAUAAACACACACACACAAACAUACGUAUAUAUUUAUUGGUAAUUUACAAUACAUAUACCAAUACAAAUAUUUAUUCAAAUGGAAUAUCGACUCAUUCAGCUUGUCACUACUAGACCACUCCUGCCAACUUAUCCACUACGCUUAUCAACUAGUAUAUGUGUGUAUAUAAAUGCACACAUACACACAAACAUGCAAACGCUUCUUAAGUUUGACAACAUUAUUCAAGGAAGUUGGAAAGUCGAGUCUUAUUAUAUAAUGUGAUAAUGCCUUGAUUUCUAUCGCUUCUUGUAAUACUACAUUGUGCCAGAAAUAAAUGUUCAUUUACAAAGAUUAGUGGAUUUUUAGUCUAUUUUCAUUCUCUUAAAUAAUUUCCUUAAUGAUUUUAUAGUAUUUUGUAUUGUGAUUGCGCUGCAUGCGUGUAAUUUCAAGGACACUAAGACUUAUUAAAACAAAACUAUAUGUCCUAACACAAAUAAGGUUUUCUUUCAUUGAUGAACAAUUUCCCAUAUUCUAAGAUUUCCAUGGAUGGAAAUUGUUUUGAUCCUUCUUAAUGAUGUUACUGGACUGAAGAAUGAUGGUACUUCUACUUUGACAGUAAAACUUUGUCUUUCUACCAUCUACGACUAGUUUUGAUACCAAGAAAAUAAAUCAAAAGAAAGGGCAAACAGAGAGAUGAAAUGUGUUGGAGCAGAAAAAGGAUAAAUCUUUGUAUGGUAUUAAUAAUGUUUAGCACACAAAUAAUACCAGAUACAGUUGGAAGAGUAGCAAACAAGGAAGCCUAUAAGCUUUGGCUUUGAUUGAGAUAUUCCACUUAAGGAUAUCCCUAUCCCUCUUUGAUGAUAAUAUCA